UCAGAGCCAGCCCGCGCCACAUCAGGAGAAGGGUUGCAGCGGCAGCCGCCGCCCGCCUGGAAGAAGUGAAGCCGGUGGUGGAAGCUCAGCACCAGAGUGAGCCGGAAGGCUCCGUGAGGAAGAGGAGGAUCAAGAAGAGCAGCCGUGUGCAGCCGGAAUUCUACCACUCGGUCCAGGGCGCGCCCACCCGCAGGCCCAGCUCCGGGAACGCGUCCUACCGCUGCUCCAUGUCCUCCUCUGCGGAUUUUUCUGACGAGGAAGAUUUCAGCCAGAAAUCUGGCUCCGCGUCACCAGCUCCCGGAGACACCUUGCCCUGGAAUUUGCCUAAACAUGAGCGAUCCAAAAGGAAGAUUCAGGGGGGCUCCGUGCUGGACCCCGCAGAGCGGGCCGUGCUCAGGAUAGCAGAUGAGCGAGACAAAGUCCAAAAGAAAACUUUCACAAAAUGGAUAAACCAGCAUCUCAUGAAGGUUCGCAAACACGUGAAUGACCUCUAUGAAGACUUGAGGGAUGGACACAGCUUGAUCUCCCUCCUAGAGGUUCUUUCUGGGGACACCUUGCCCAGGGAGAAAGGUCGAAUGCGCUUUCACAGACUGCAGAAUGUACAAAUUGCACUGGACUAUUUGAAAAGACGCCAGGUGAAGUUGGUGAACAUCAGGAAUGAUGACAUCACGGAUGGCAACCCCAAACUGACACUCGGGUUGAUAUGGACAAUAAUUUUGCACUUUCAGAUCUCUGACAUCCAUGUGACGGGAGAGUCGGAGGACAUGUCUGCAAAGGAGAGGCUGCUGCUUUGGACCCAGCAGGCCACUGAGGGCUAUGCCGGGGUCCGGUGUGAAAACUUCACCACUUGCUGGAGAGAUGGAAAACUAUUCAAUGCCAUCAUUCAUAAAUACAGGCCGGACCUGAUAGACAUGAAUACUGUUGCUGUUCAAAGCAACCUUGCAAAUUUAGAGCACGCUUUCUAUGUAGCUGAGAAAAUUGGUGUAAUAAGACUUCUGGAUCCUGAAGAUGUGGAUGUCUCUUCACCUGAUGAGAAGUCAGUAAUAACGUAUGUGUCCUCUCUCUAUGACGCCUUCCCGAAAGUGCCCGAAGGUGGUGAAGGCAUCGGUGCAAAUGAUGUUGAAGUCAAAUGGAUCGAAUACCAGAACAUGGUGAACUACCUCAUGCAGUGGAUCAGACACCACGUGACCACAAUGUCUGAGAGAACAUUUCCUAAUAACCCUGUAGAGCUGAAGGCACUUUAUAAUCAGUAUUUACAGUUUAAAGAAACAGAAAUUCCACCAAAGGAGUCAGAAAAAUCCAAAAUUAAGCGCUUAUAUAAGUUAUUAGAGAUUUGGAUAGAAUUUGGGCGUGUCAAACUCCUCCAAGGCUAUCAUCCAAAUGACAUAGAAAAGGAGUGGGGCAAACUCAUCAUCGCCAUGCUGGAGAGAGAGAAGGCACUGCGCCCCGAAGUGGAGAGGCUGGACAUGCUGGUGCAGAUUGCCCACCGCGUCCAGAGAGACAGCAUCCUCUGCGAAGACAGACUGGGCCUGGCUCGGAACGCACUCCAGUCUGAUUCCAAAAGACUAGAAUCAGGGCUACAGUUUCAGAAUGAAGCCGAGAUUGCCGGGUACAUCCUUGAGUGUGAAAAGCUCUUACACCAGCAUGUGAUUGACACGCAGAUUCUUCUUGAUGGAAAAUACUACCAGGCAGAUCAGUUGGUACAGAGGGUCGCUAAGCUCCGUGAUGAAAUUUUGGCCUUAAGGAGUGAGUGUGCCUCAGUGUAUAGCAAAGGACGCAUGCUGACCACAGAACAAACAAAGCUCAUGAUAUCAGGAAUCACUCAGAGUUUAAAUGCAGGAUUUGCACAGACCUUAAACCCUUGUCUGAACUCAGGGCUGACCCAGAGUUCAACCCCUUCCCUGACCUCUUCCAGUGUGACUUCCGGCCUUUCCUCAGGGCUGACAUCCCGUCUCACUCCCUCAGUCACCCCAGUGUAUGCUCCUGGUUUUCCAGUGGGAUUAGUUCCAAAUUUCAGUUCAGGAGUUGAGCCAGCCUCCUUGCAGACUCUGAAACUGAUGCAGAUCCGAAAACCACUCAUGAAGUCAUCUUUGAUGGAUCAGAAUUUAACAGAAGAGGAAGUCAACAUGAAAUUUGUCCAGGAUCUUUUGAACUGGGUUGAUGAGAUGCAGGUGCAGUUGGACCACACCGAGUGGGGCUCAGAUUUGCCAAGUGUUGAGAGCCAUUUAGAAAAUCACAAAAAUGUUCACCGAGCUAUUGAAGAAUUUGAAUCUAGUCUUAAAGAAGCAAAAAUCAGUGAGAUUCAAAUGACAGCACCUCUUAAGUUAACUUAUGCAGAGAAGUUGCACAGAUUAGAGAGUCAGUAUGGAAAACUCUUGAAUACAUCUAGGACUCAGGAGCACCACCUGGACACGCUUCAUAAUUUUGUAACUCGGGCAACUAAUGAACUUAUCUGGUUGAAUGAAAAAGAGGAGGAGGAAGUUGCUUAUGACUGGAGUGAGAGAAAUACCAACAUAGCUCGGAAAAAAGAAUAUCAUGCUGAAUUAAUGCGAGAACUUGAUCAAAAGGAAGAAAAUAUUAAAUCAGUCCAGGAGAUAGCAGAUCAGCUACUUCUAGAAAAUCACCCAGCCCGUUUGACUAUUGAGGCCUACAGAGCAGCCAUGCAGACACAGUGGGGCUGGAUCUUACAACUUUGCCAGUGUGUGGAGCAGCACAUCAGAGAGAACGCUGCAUACUUUGAGUUUUUCAAUGAUGCCAAAGAAGCUGCUGAUUACUUGAAGAAUCUGAGAGAUACUGUCCAGCGGAAGUACAGCUGUGACCGAUCAAGCAGCGUCCACAGGCUGGAAGACCUCGUUCAGGAGUCCAUGGAAGAGAAAGAACAACUCCUGCAGUAUAAGAGUACAGUAGCCAGCCUGGUGGGCCGAGCAAAAACAGUAAUUCAGCUGAGACCAAGGACUCCCGAGUAUCCACUCAAAACCUCUGUCCCCAUCCAGGCUCUCUGCGACUACAGACAGAUUGAGAUAACUAUUUACAAAGAUGACGAGUGUGUGCUGGCAAACAACUCUCACCGUGCCAAGUGGAGGGUCAUCAGCCCAACAGGGAACGAGGCAAUGGUCCCUUCCGUGUGCUUCACUGUGCCUCCACCCAACAAAGAUGCAGUCGACUUUGCAAACAGAAUUGAGCAGCAGUAUCAGAAUGUCCUGGCUCUUUGGCAUGAGUCUCACAUAAACAUGAAGAGUGUGGUAUCCUGGCAUUACCUUCUCAGUGAAAUUGACAGGACACGAGCAAGCAGCGUGGCUUCAAUCAAGACCAUGCUGCCCGGUGAGCAUCAGCAAGUCCUCAGUAAUCUGCAGUCUCGGUUUGAAGAUUUCCUGGAAGAUAGCCAAGAAUCUCGGGUGUUUUCAGGCUCUGAUAUAACACAGCUAGAAAAGGAGGUUAACGUGUGCAAGCAGUACUAUCAAGAACUCCUUAAGUCUGCAGAAAGAGAGGAACAAGAGGAGUCCGUUUAUAAUCUCUACAUCUCUGAAGUUCGGAACAUCAGACUUCGCCUGGAAAGCUGUGAAGAUGGGUUGAUCAGGCAGAUCCGAACCCCCCUGGAACGAGAUGACAUACGUGAGAGUGGAUUCCGAAUCACAGAGCAGGAGAAACUAAAGAAAGAGCUGGAGCGACUUAAAGAUGACUUGGCAACAAUCACAAAUAAAUGUGAAGAAUUUUUCAGUCAAGCAGCUGCCUCUCCCUCUGUACCCACCCUGCGGUCCGAGCUGAGCGUGGUUCUUCAGAGCAUGAACCAUACCUACUCCAUGUCCUCCACUUACAUAGAGAAGUUGAAAACCAUUAAUUUAGUAUUGAAAAAUACUCAAGCUGCAGAGGCUCUUGUAAAACUCUAUGAAACCAAACUCUGUGAAGAAGAAGCAGUUGUGGCUGACAAGAACAAUAUUGAGAAUCUAAUGAGCACUCUAAAGCAAUGGCGAUCUGAAGUGGAUGAGAAGAGGGAGGUGUUCCACUCUUUGGAGGAUGAGCUGCAGAAAGCAAAAGCUAUCAGUGAUGAAAUGUUCAAGACAUACAAAGAACGGGACCUUGAUUUUGACUGGCACAAAGAAAAGGCAGACCAGUUAGCUGAGAGGUGGCAGAAUGUUCACAUGCAGAUCGACAACAGGCUGCGGGAUCUGGAGGGCAUCGGGAGAUCACUGAAGAACUACAGAGACACCUAUCACCCUUUAGACGACUGGAUCCAACAGGUUGAAACUGCGCAGAGAAAGAUUCAGGAAAAUCAGCCUGAAAACAGCAAAACUUUAGCCACACAGUUGAACCAACAGAAAAUGCUGGUGUCUGAGAUAGAAAUGAAACAGAGCAAAAUGGACGAGUGCCAAAAAUAUGCAGAGCAGUACUCCGCAACAGUGAAGGACUAUGAAUUACAGACAAUGACCUACCGGGCCAUGGUAGACUCUCAGCAGAAAUCCCCUGUUAAGCGCCGCAGAAUGCAGAGCUCUGCGGAUCUCAUUAUUCAAGAGUUCAUGGACCUGCGGACUCGGUACACUGCCCUGGUCACUCUCAUGACCCAGUAUAUUAAAUUUGCUGGUGACUCACUGAAGAGGCUGGAAGAAGAGGAGAAGUCUCUGGAAGAAGAAAAGGAAGAACAUGUUGAAAAAGCCAAAGAAUUGCAGAAAUGGGUGUUAAACAUAAGCAAGACCUUAAGGAACGGAGAGAAGGCUGGGAAACCUCUCUUCUCUAAGCAGAAGAUUUCCAGUGAGGAAAUAUCAACCAAGAAGGAACAAUUAUCUGAAACACUUCAGACCAUGCAACUCUUUCUGGCUAAACAUGGCGACAAGAUGACGGAAGAAGAAAGAAUCGAACUGGAAAAACAAGUGAAAACUCUUCAAGAAGGUUAUAAUUUAUUAUGUAGCGAGUCUCUGAAACAGCUGCAAGGAUCCCAACCUUUGGGAGAUGCGAUGAUGGAUGAGAAGGUGUUGGCUGAGCGUCAGCAGGAGUACAAAGAGAAACUCCAGGGGGUGUGCGACCUCCUCACCCAAACUGAAAACCGUCUGAUCGGCCACCAAGAAGCCUUCGUGACUGGAGAUGGCACAGUAGAGUUGAAGAAGUACCAGUCCAAGCAAGAGGAAUUACAGAAAGAUAUGCAAGGAAGUGCACAGGCAUUGGCAGAAAUAGUGAAAAACACAGAAAACUUCCUAAAAGAGAGCGGUGGGAAGCUGUCCCAGGAAGACAAGGCUCUGAUUGAGCGGAAGCUGAGUGAAGCGAAGGCCAAGUGUGAGCAGCUGCAUGUGAAGGCGGAGCAGUCGAGGAAGGAGCUGGACAAGGUCCUGACAACGGCGCUCCAGGAGGAGACAGAAAAGGUUGCAGCUGCUAGGCUGCUAGAAGAGAACAAAAUUAAAAUCGAAAACCUUCUGGACUGGUUGGACUCUGAAAAGGCAGGGGCAGAACACACCCAGGGUAUCCAGCAGAAUGGGACCCAUUUUCAGGAAGUGAAUGGCAAGUCAGAGGUUGGAGAGGAGGACGAAGUCAAUGGGAACUUGACUGGAACCGAUGCCAGUGGGCAAGUUGUGGGCACUGAGCAGCUUCUGGACCAGCAGUACCAGAAGGUCAAGGCCCAGCAUGAGAAGCUUGUGGCUCAGCACCAAGCUGUCAUCAUUGCCACGCAGUCUGCACAGUCACUUCUUGAGAGGCAGGGCCAUCUCCUGGCCCCUGAGGAGAGGAAGAAGCUGCAGCAAAACAUGAAAGCCCUGAAAGCUCAUUACGAGACGGCGUUGACCGAGGCAGAGAGGAGGGUGAAGCUGGCGCACUCUCUGCAGGAAGAGCUGGGGAAGUUUGAGGCGGACCACAGUGAGUUUGAGCACUGGCUGGAGCAGUCGGAACAGGAGCUGGAGAACCUGGAGGCUGGGGCGGACGACUUCAGUGGUUUGAUGGCCAAGCUGAAGAGGCAGAAGAGUUUCUCUGAAGAUGUGAUUGCUCACAAAGGCGACUUGAGGUACAUCACCAUGUCAGGAAACAGGGCCUUGGAAGCUGCCAGGUCCUGUGGUCGGGGAGACCAGGGCAGCGUCGACACCUCUGCUGCCCACAGGGAGGUGCAGAGCAAGCUGGACCAGGCCACCGACCGCUUCCGGUCCCUCUACACCAAGUGUAGUGUCCUUGGAAAUAACCUUAAAGACCUGGUGGAUAAAUAUCAGCACUACGAAGAUGCUUCCUGUGGACUUCUUUCUGGGCUCCAGGCCUGUGAGGCUGCCGCAAGCAAACAUCUCUGUGAACCUAUUGCUGUGGACCCCAAAAAUCUACAAAGGCAGCUAGAAGAGACCAAGGCUCUGCAAGGACAGAUCUCCAGCCAGCAGGUGGCGGUAGAGAAGCUGAAGAAGACUGCUGACACGCUUCUCGGCACCGCAGGGGUCUUGCUUCCAGCCAGGAACGACAUCCAGAGAACAUUGGACGACAUCGUCGGGAGAUAUGACGAUCUGUCCAGGUCUGUGAACGAACGAAACGAAAGACUGCAGAUCACACUGACGCGCUCGCUGAGUGUGCAGGACGGUCUCGAUGAGAUGCUGGACUGGAUGGGAAGCGUGGAGAGGUCACUGGCUGACCUGGGCCCGGCACCCUUGAACACCGCAGCCCUCCAGGAGCUCAUCACGAAGAACAUCAUGCUGGAGCAGGACAUCGCAGGGCGUCAGAGCAGUGUAAAUGCCAUGAAUGAGAAGGUGAAGACAUUCAUGGAGACCACAGAUCCCUCCACUGCUUCCUCACUGCAGGCAAAAAUGAAGGACCUAUCUGCCAGGUUUUCAGAAGCCAGGCAUAAGCACCAAGAAAAACUCGCCAAAAUGGAGGAGUUGAAAACCAAAGUAGAACUGUUCGAGAACCUCUCAGAGAAGCUCCAAACAUUCCUAGAAACAAAAGCUCAGGCCCUCAGUGAGGUAGAUGUGCCAGGGAAAGAUGUUUCAGAGCUGUCUCAGCACAUGCAGGAAUCAACUUCUGAACUCUUAGAACGCAAGAAGGAUCUUGAAGCUCUGCAUGGUCUCCUGAAGGAGAUAUGCAGCCAUGGCUUACCGGGAGAUAAAGCGCUCGUUUUUGAAAAGACAAAUAACUUGUCCAAGAAAUUCAAAGAAAUGGAAGAUGCCAUCAAAGAAAAAAAACAAGUUCUAACUUCUUGUCAAGAACAGCUAGAGGCUUUCCAAGUCCUUGUUAAAACACUGAAGUCGUGGAUAAAAGAAACAACAGAGAAAGUUCCUGGAGUGCAGCCUUCCCUGGGUGCUGAGGAUUUAGAAAGAUCUCUGGAAGAAACUCAGAAAUUACAGGAAGAGUGGAGUUCAAAAAGUACAGACAUUCAGAAAGUCAGCAGUAGUGGGUCCUCUCUGUGUAACCUCAUGAGCACCUUGAGCACGCCAGCCAAAGCCAUGGCUGCAGCUAAACCAGGUGGAUUAAUAUUGAAUGGUGAAGGAACAGAUUCAAACACCCAAGAUUUUUUGGCAAAUAAAGCUUUAACAUCCAUUAAAAAGGACAUGACUGACAUAAGCCAUGGCUAUGAAGACCUUGGCCUCUUACUCAAGGACAGGCUGGCAGAACUGAGCUCUAAACUCUCCAGAUUGCAGCGGGCUCAGGAAGAAUCAAGCACAAUGAUGCAGUGGUUACAGAAAAUGAAUAAAACUGCCACAAAAUGGCACCAGACACCAACACCUACCGACGUGGAAGGUGUGAAGACUCAGGUUGAGCAGAACAAGUCAUUUGAAGCAGAACUGAAGCAAAAUGUAAACAAGGUUCAGGAAUUGAAAGACAGACUGACAGAGCUAGUGGAGGAGAGUCCUGAGUCUCCAGAGGCCCCCAAGUGGAAGCGCAUGCUGACGGAGAUAGAUUCCAAGUGGCAAGAACUCAACCAGUUGACAAUUGAUAGACAGCAAAAGCUGGAAGAAUCCUCCAAUAAUCUAACCCAAUUCCAGACUGCAGAGACCCAGUUAAAACAGUGGCUUGUGGAGAAGGAGCUGAUGGUCAAUGUCCUGGGACCCUUGUCAACUGACCCAAACAUGCUGAGCACGCAAAGACAGCAGGUGCAGAUCCUGUUGCAAGAAUUUGACACGCGGAGGCCUCAGUAUGAGCAGCUGGUGGCUGCCGGGCAAGGCAUCCUGAGCCGACCUGGAGAGGACCUCUCCUCACAUGGUGUGGUGAAGGAGCAGCUGGCCACUGUGACCCAGAAGUGGGAUGGUCUGACGGGACAAUUGAGUGACAGGUGUGAUCGGAUUGACCAAGCCAUUGUGAAGAGCACCCAGUAUCAGAGCCUGCUGCGAAGCCUUUCCGAUAAGCUGGCCGAGCUGGACAGUCAGUUCUGCCUAGCCGUGAGUGCCCAUCCAGGCGCUGUGAACCAGCAGCUGGAAAUGGCCCAAAAGCUGAAGCAGGAAAUAGAGCAAGAAAGGAAGCAGAUAAAAGCGGCCCGGGCACUCAGCGAGGACCUGUCAGCACUGGUUAGAGAGGAGUACUUGAAAGCGGAGCUCACCAGGCAGCUAGAGGGCGUCGUGAAGUCAUUCAAUGACAUCGAGCACAAAGCAGAGAAUCACGUCCAGCACCUUCAGUCAGCCUGUGCAAGCUCUCAUCAAUUUCAACAAAUGUCCAGAGACUUCCAGACUUGGCUGGAUACCAAGAAAGAAGAGCAAGUCAAGUUUCACCCAAUAUCAGCUAAGCUUGAUGUCCUGGAGUCCUUAAUUAAAGAUCAGAAAGACUUUGGCCAAACUUUGACUGCACAGUCGACUGUUUAUGAGAAAACCAUCGCAGAAGGUGAGAAUCUGCUACUGAAAACGCAAGGAGCCGAGAAGGCAUCCUUACAGCUGCAGCUCAACACCAUUAAAACCGCCUGGGAUGGACUCAAGCAGCAGGCCAGGGAAAGAGAGAGCAAGUUACAGGAUGCUUUGGAGAAAGCUCUCAAGUACAGAGCGCAUCUGGAGACCUUGCAGCCCUGGAUCGAGGCGUGCCAGCACAGUCUGAACCAAGUGGCAUUCCGACUAGAUCCCUCUGACACUGAGAACUCUCUCGCUAAGUUAAAAUCUCUGCAGAAGGAAAUGGACCAGCACUUCGGUACAGUGGAGCUCUUGAGCAGCACAGCGGAGUGUCUGCUCAGCGUGUGCGAGGUGGACAAGGAGACUGUUAAAGAUGAGAGCACCUCCAUGGUCCAGAAGGUCCGCCUAGUCACCGAGCAGCUUCACAACAAGAAAUCCUCCCUGGAGAACAUGGCCCAGAGGUGGAAGGAGCUCCAGGAAGUUUCCAGAGAUGCUGAAAGGCAGCUGCAGUGUGCAAAGGAACAGCUGAGUGUCCAUGACUCUCUAGGCCCCCAGGCUCACAGCAGCAAGCAUCUGAGCAUGCUGCAGGCUCAGCAGAGGUCACUGCAGGCCGUGGGGCAGCAGGUGGACCUGGCCAGAAGGCUUGUCCAAGACCUCGUGGUGGGGGCCACGGACGCAAAUGGUGCUGCGGAGGUUUUACUGCAGGCAGAGACGUUGGCCCAGGAGCACAGCUCACUGAGCCAGCAGGUGGCAGACAGGUGUUCUUUUCUAGAGACCAAACUUCAAGGCAUCGGACACUUCCAGAAUUCCAUCCGAGAAAUGUUCUCCCAGUUUGCAGAGUGUGAUGAUGAGUUGGACAGUAUGGCCCCCGUGGGGAGAGACAUGGACACACUGCAGAAUCAAAAGGAGGCCAUCCAAGCCUUUCUGAAGAAGCUGGAAGCCCUCAUGGUGAGCAACGACAAUGCUAAUAAAACCUGCAAGAUGAUGCUGGCCUCGGAGGAACCCACUCCGGACCUGGUGGGAAUCAAAAGGGACUUGGAGGCCUUGAGCAAGCAGUGCCACAAGCUGCUGGAUCGCACGCAGGCCCGCGGGGAGCAGGUGGCGGGGACCACCGAGCGUCUGGGCCAGUUCUACAGCAAGCUGGGAGACUUUUCUGACCAGCUUCGGAAGGCGGAGGAGCACGAGGAAUCCCAGGGUCCGGUUGGCAUGGAAACAGAGGCCAUCAAUCAGCAGCUUGAGACAUUCAGGGCGUUCCAGAAAGAAGAGAUCGAGCCCCUGCAGGGGAAGCAGCAGGACAUGAACUGGCUGGGCCAGGGCCUCAUUCAAAGUGCGGGCAAGGGCACCAGCACGCAGGGCCUGGAGCAGGACCUGGACGAGGCCAACGUGCGGUGGAAGAUGCUCAACAAGAAGGUGGCCCAGCGGGCGGCACAGCUGCAGGCGGCCCUGCUGCACUGCGGGCGGUUCCAGGACGCCCUGGAGUCCCUGCUCAGCUGGAUGGCAGACACCGAGGAGCUGGUGGCCAAUCAGAAGCCUCCCUCCGCAGAGUUCAAAGUGGUGAAGGCCCAGAUACAGGAGCAGAAGCUUCUCCAAAGAUUGUUGGAUGACCGCAAGUCUACCGUGGAGGUUAUCAAGCAGGAGGGAGAAAAGAUGGCUGCCGCUGCAGAGCCCGCGGACAGGGCAAAGGUGGAGAAGCAGCUGGGCCUGCUGGACAGCAGAUGGGAGGCCUUGCUGGAGAAGGCUGAGGCCAGGAACCGUCAGUUGGAAGGUAUCUCGGUGGUAGCCCAGCUGUUUCAUGAAACCUUAGAACCGCUGAAUGACUGGCUGACGACCAUGGAGAAGAGGCUGGCGAACUGUGAACCCGUAGGAACCCAAGCAUCCAAACUGGAGGAGCAAAUUGCCCAGCACAAAGCCUUAGAAGAUGACAUCAUCAUUCACAGUAAACAUUUACACCAGGCUGUUAGCGCUGGCCAGUCCUUAAAGGUUUUGAGCUCCAGGGAGGAUAAGGAUAUGGUGCAGAGUAAACUAGACUCCUCGCAAGUGUGGUACAUUGAGAUUCAAGAGAGAAGUCACAGCAGGUCUGAGCUCCUCCAGCAGGCCUUAUGUAAUGCUAAGAUUUUCGGGGAGGAUGAAGUUGAGCUGAUGAACUGGCUGAACGAAGUGCACGGCAAGCUGGGCCAACUGCAGGUCCGGGAGUGCAGCCCCGAGGGACUGCGGAAACAGCAGGCCGAGCUUCGGGUUCUACAAGAAGACAUCAUGCUCAGGAAACAAAGUGUGGAUCAGGCGCAACUAAAUGGCUUAGAACUACUCAAACAAACCACAGGUGAUGAAGUUCUAGUCAUCCAAGAUAAAUUGGAAGUCAUUAAAGCAAGGUACAAAGACAUUACCAAACUGAGCAGCGAUGUGGCUGAGACUCUGGAGCAAGCCCUGCAGCUCUCCAGGCGGCUGCAUACCACACACGAGGAGCUGAGCACCUGGCUGGGCCAAGUGGAGGUGGAAAUGCUCUCCUUCGAGUCACAGGUCCCGAGAGCAGACGCGGGCCCGGUGCAGGCGAGACAGAAGGAGCUGAAGAAGGAAGUUAAGAACAACAAAGCCUUCCUGGACUCCCUGAAUGAAGUGAGCACCGCCUUGCUGGAGCUGGUCCCCUGGAGGGCCAGAGAGGGGCUGGAGAAGAUGGUAGCCGAGGACAAUGAGCGCUACCGGUUGGUGAGCAACUCCAUCACUCAGAAGGUGGAGGAGAUCGACGCCGCCAUUCUCCGGUCACAGCAGUUUGACCAGGCGGCUGACGCUGAGCUGUCCUGGAUCAGCAACACACAGAAGAGACUGGUGUCCCUGGGCGACAUCAGGCUGGAGCAAGACCAGACCUCGGCCCAGCUGCAGGCCCAGAAGACCUUCACCAUGGAGAUUUUGAGACACAAAGAUAUUAUUGAUGAGCUUGUAAAAUCUGGGCACCAAAUCAUGACCACAUGCACUGAAGAGGAAAAGCAAUCAAUGAAGAAAAAACUGGACAAGAUACUGAAAAACUAUGAUGCCAUCUGCCAGAUAAACUCAGAGCGGUAUCUGCAGCUCGAACGGGCACAGUCGCUGGUGAGCCAGUUCUGGGAGACAUACGAAGAACUCUGGCCGUGGCUGACAGAAACCCAAAGAGUGAUCUCUCGGCUUCCGGCCCCUGCUCUCGAGUAUGAAACGCUGAGGCAGCAGCAGGAGGAGCACCGGCAACUGCGAGAGCUGAUAGCGGAGCACAAGCCCCACAUCGAUAAGAUGAACAAGACGGGGCCCCAGCUGCUGGAGCUGAGCCCUGAGGAGGGCUUCUCUAUCCAAGAGAAGUACGUGGCCGCUGAUGCCCUUUACAGUCAAAUUAAAGAAGACGUCAAAAAGCGAGCUGUGGCCCUGGAUGAAGCGGUCUCCCAGUCGACCCAGUUCCAUGACAAGAUCGACCAAAUCCUGGAGAGCCUGACGCGCACAGCAGAGCGACUCCGGCAGCCACCGUCCAUCUCUGCGGAGGUUGAGAAGGUCAAGGAGCAGAUCAGUGACAACAAGAAUGUGUCCAUGGACAUGGAAAAGCUGCAGCCCUUGUAUGAGACGCUCAGGCAGAGGGGUGAGGACAUGAUUGCCAGGUCUGGAGGCCCCGACAAGGAUGUCUCUGCCAAAGCUGUGCAGGCUAAACUUGACCGCAUGGUUUCUGUCUGGGAGAACAUCCACGCGCUGGUGGAAGAACGGGAGGCCAGACUGCUGGACGUGAUGGAGCUGGCAGAGAAGUUUUGGUGCGAUCACCUGUCUCUGGUCGUUACCACUAAAGACACUCAAGACUUUAUCCGUGACCUGGAGACCCCCGGCAUUGACCCCUCCAUUGUGAAGCAGCAGCAGGAAGCCGCAGAGGCCAUCAGAGAGGAAGUGGAUGGGCUGCAGGAGGAACUGGCUGUGGUCAUUAGCCUGGGCUCUGAGCUCAUUGCUGCGUGCGGGGAGCCCGAUAAACCCAUCGUGAAGAAGAGUAUAGAUGAGCUAAAUUCAGCAUGGGACUCUCUAAACAAAGCUUGGAGGGACCGGAUCGACAAACUCGAGGAGGCCAUGCAGACUGCAGUUCAGUACCAGGAUGGACUACAGGCAGUCUUUGACUGGGUAGAUAUUGCGGGUGGGAAGUUAGCUUCGCUGUCUCCCAUCGGAACAGAUCUCGAAACUGUCAAGCAGCAGAUUGAAGAGUUAAAGCAAUUUAAGUCAGAGGCCUACCAACAACAGAUAGAAAUGGAAAGGCUGAACCAUCAGGCAGAACUUCUGCUGAAGAAAGUGACGGAAGAGAGUGACAAGCACACGGUACAGGACCCCUUGCUUGAGCUGAAGCUGAUCUGGGACAGCCUGGAUGAGAGGAUUGUCAGCAGACAGCACAAGCUGGAGGGCGCCCUCCUCGCGCUGGGUCAGUUCCAGCAUGCCCUGGACGAGCUGCUGGCCUGGCUGACACACACCGAGGGCUUGCUCGGUGAACAGAAGCCCAUUGGAGGGGACCCGAAAGCCAUUGAAAUCGAGCUUGCCAAGCACCAUGUGCUCCGGAAUGAUGUAUUCGCUCAUCAGUCCACCGUGGAGGCUGUGAACAAAGCAGGAAAUGAGCUCAUCGCAUCCAGCGCAGGCGAAGAAGCAAGCAGUCUCCAGCACAAGCUACAGGGUUUAAAUCAACGCUGGCAGAGUGUUUUGGAAAAAACAGAACAAAGAAAACAGCAGUUGGAUGGUGCAUUGCACCAGGCCAAAGGUUUCCAUGGUGAAAUUGAAGAUUUGCAGCAGUGGCUGGCUGACACGGAGCGUCACCUGUUGGCAUCCAAGCCUCUGGGUGGUUUACCAGAAACCGCCAAGGAACAGCUGGAUGCCCACACGGACAUCUGUACUGCCUUUGCUGCCAAAGAAGAAACGUACAGGAGUCUGAUGCAGAGGGGCCAGCAGAUGCUCACAGACUCUGCGGAGACCAACAUCAACCAAGACUUAACUCACCUGAAAGAGAAGUGGGAGUCAGUGGAGACCAAGCUCAAGGAGAGGAAAACUAAGCUGGAAGAGGCACUCAGCGUGGCCGUGGAGUUCCAUACCUCCCUGCAGGACUUCAUCAACUGGCUCACCCAGGCCGAGCAGACUCUAAACCUGGCUUCUCGGCCAAGCCUUAUCCUCGACACAGUCUUGUUUCAGAUUGAUGAGCACAAGGUCUUUGCCAAUGAAGUAAAUUCUCACCGGGAGCAGAUCGUAGAACUGGACAAAACUGGAACGCACCUGAAAUACUUUAGUCAGAAACAAGAUGUUGUCCUCAUCAAGAACCUUCUGAUCAGCGUGCAGAGCCGGUGGGAGAAUGUGGUCCAGCGGUUAGUGGAGAGGGGACGGUCCCUGGACGAGGCGAGGAAGCGGGCCAAGCAGUUCCAUGAAGCUUGGACUAAACUCAUGGAGUGGCUGGAAGAGUCAGAGAAGUCUCUGGAUUCGGAACUGGAGAUCGCAAAUGAUCCAGACAGAAUAAAGAGCCAGCUGGCCCAUCACAAGGAGUUUCAGAAGUCCCUUGGUGCCAAGCACUCGGUCUAUGAUACCACCAACCGCACCGGACGCUCCCUGAAGGAGAAAACUUCCCUGGCUGAUGACACCCUGAAACUGGACAACAUGCUCAGUGAGCUCCGGGACAAGUGGGACACCAUCUGUGGGAAAUCCGUGGAGAGACAAAACAAGCUGGAAGAGGCGCUGCUGUUUUCUGGACAGUUCACAGACGCACUGCAGGCCCUCAUUGAUUGGCUGUACAGAGUGGAGCCCCAGCUGGCCGAGGACCAGCCUGUCCAUGGAGACCUGGAUUUAGUGAUGAAUCUGAUGGAUAAUCACAAGGUCUUCCAGAAAGAGCUGGGGAAGAGAGCCAGCAGUGUGCAGGCGCUCAAGCGCUCAGCCCGGGAGCUGGUGGAAGGCAGUCGGGACGAUGCAUCGUGGGUCAAGGCACAGAUGCAGGAGCUGGGCGCGCGCUGGGACUCGGUGUGCGCGCUGUCUGUCUCCAAGCAGACGCGCCUGGAGGCGGCCCUGCGCCAGGCAGAAGAGUUCCACUCUGUGGUCCACGCGCUCCUGGAGUGGCUGGCCGAGGCCGAGCAGACCCUGCGCUUCCACGGCAUUCUCCCAGAUGAUGAAGAUGCUCUCCGGACUCUCAUGGACCAGCACAAAGAAUUCAUGAAGAAACUGGAAGAGAAACGAGCUGAGCUCGGCAAAGCCACCAGCAUGGGCGACGCUGUCCUGGCCCUCUGCCACCCCGACUCCAUCACCACCAUCAAGCACUGGCUCACCAUCAUCCGGGCCAGGUUUGAGGAGGUGCUGGCCUGGGCAAAGCAGCACCAGCAGCGGCUGGCAGGCGCCCUGGCCGGGCUCAUCGCUAAACAGGAGCUGCUAGAGGCGCUGCUGGCCUGGCUGCAGUGGGCCGAGACCACACUCAGUGACAAGGACAAAGAGAUCGUCCCUCAGGAGAUCGAGGAGGUGAAGGCACUCAUCGCUGAGCACCAGAUGUUCAUGGAAGAAAUGACGAGAAAACAGCCUGAUGUUGACAAAGUCACGAAGACGUACAAGCGGAGAGCAGCCGGACCUUCCUCCUUGCAGUCCCACAUCCCUGUCUUGGAGAAGGGACGGGCAGCAAGAAAACGCUUGGCCGCAUCAAGCUUCUACCCCUCGGCAUCGCAGACCCCGAUCGAAACCAAGAAUCCCCGAGUGAACUUGCUGGUGAGCAAGUGGCAGCAGGUCUGGCUCCUGGCCCUGGAACGGAGGAGGAAGCUCAACGAUGCCCUGGACAGGCUAGAGGAGCUGAGAGAAUUUGCCAACUUUGAUUUUGAUAUCUGGCGGAAAAAAUACAUGCGGUGGAUGAACCACAAGAAAUCUCGAGUGAUGGAUUUCUUCCGGAGAAUCGACAAAGACCAGGAUGGGAAGAUCACGCGGCAGGAGUUCAUUGAUGGGAUCCUCGCCUCAAAAUUCCCCACCAGCCGACUGGAGAUGAGCGCAGUUGCAGACAUCUUUGACCGUGAUGGGGAUGGGUACAUUGACUACUACGAGUUCGUGGCUGCCCUGCACCCAAAUAAAGAUGCAUACAAGCCCAUCACAGACGCUGACAAAAUCGAGGAUGAGGUCACGAGGCAGGUGGCUAAGUGUAAGUGUGCAAAACGAUUUCAAGUUGAACAGAUUGGGGACAACAAGUACAGGUUUGGAGAUUCCCAGCAGCUGCGACUGGUGCGGAUCCUGCGGAGCACCGUGAUGGUUCGUGUUGGAGGCGGGUGGAUGGCGCUGGACGAGUUCUUGGUGAAAAAUGACCCUUGCCGGGCUAAAGGAAGGACCAACAUGGAGCUGCGUGAGAAGUUCAUCCUGGCAGACGGCGCCAGCCAGGGCAUGGCCGCGUUCCGCCCUCGGGGGCGCAGGUCGCGGCCUUCGUCGCGGGGAGCCUCCCCCAACAGAUCCACGUCGGUGUCCAGCCAGGCCGGGCAGGCAGCUUCCCCGCCAGCCCCCGCCACGAGCACGCCCAAGAUUCUCCAUCCUUUAACACGCAAUUAUGGUAAACCAUGGUUGACAAACAGCAAAAUGUCAACUCCUUGUAAGCCAGCAGAGUGCUCAGACUUUGCCGUGUCAUCUGCAGAGGGCACCCCCAUCCAGGGCAGCAAGCUGCGCCUGCCCGGGUACCUGUCAGGGAAGGGCUUCCACUCCGGGGACGACAGCGGCCUCCUCACCACCGCAGCCGCCAGGGUCCGGACGCAGUUUGCCGAGUCCAAGAAGACCCCCAGCCGGCCCGGCAGCCGCGCGGAAAGCAGAGCCGGAAGCAGGGCCGGCAGCCGCCGCGGCAGUGACGCCUCCGACUUUGACAUUUCCGAGAUCCAGUCCGCGUGCUCAGAGGCAGAGGCCACCCCCCCCACGCCCAGGCCUACGCCACGCGCCGGCCCCCGGCCCUCCAAGAUCCCCACGCCCCAGAGGCGGCCGCCCGCCAGCAGACCGGACAAGGCCUCCAAGAGAUAGUGCAGCCAGCCCCACCCCCAGCAAUGAUCACCGGAGUGUGAAUGAUGUAAAGUAGGGCGUAGAGAUUACUGUGACAUACUGCAAGAGGAGAGUUUAAAGUUCUGCAGACGGCCUUAUUUGUGUAUCUGUCUUUUUAUUUGGUCUGCAUCCCUCGUGGUCAGACGCACUGGGGUUCAAGUCACAUCCUGUGUGACAGGAAGGGUGCGUGGAGCGGGCCACCCGCACAGCAGGUAAGUCUCGGCCUCCCCGACAGCCGCGACGCUGCGCCACGCUGCUCCGCAGGAAAGAUACCUCAGGAUGAUUCCUCGUUUCUCUUGGAAAUGCCAAAGUGUGGACAGAAAGACAACCAGGGAUAUCUUUUGAGAUGACUUCAGUGUCGAUCACGACACGUGCGCACUCGUGCCCGGCCGGCUGCCCAUGUCCGUGCGGGCCCUGCCCUCCACCUCUGAAGCUAUGCACAGCUCUCGUGUGCACGCGCGUGGCCGCGAGGUUGCUCUCGCUUGAAUGGACAGUAGCACCUGGAUCAUGGAACUCACCUUGUAGUGAAGCAGUUUUGCUUGCAGAAAAACAAAAAGCUAUGAAAUAAAACAUGUCCCUAACUA